CCCAGCUUCCUGGGCAUGGUGGAGAUAUUCUGUGAGCGGGCGGCGCGAGUGGUAGAGAAGGAGCUGGUGAAGCGGCUCCGCACUCCCAAGGACGAGAACGAGCGAGAGCAGCGGGUUCGCGGGAUCCUCGACACGAUCCGGAACUGUGGCCACGUCCUGGAGGUGGCCUUCCCCAUUCGCAGGGACAGUGGCAGCUGGGAAGUGAUCAAAGGCUGCCGGGCUCAACACAGCCAGCACCGCACGCCCUGCAAAGGGGGGAUUCGUUACAGUCAAUCAGUUAGAGUUGAUGAAGUAAAAGCCUUAGCCGCUUUGAUGACAUACAAAUGUGCAGUGGUAGAUGUUCCGUUUGGUGGAGCUAAGGCCGGUGUGACUAUUGAUCCAAAGAAUUACUCAGAGAAUGAACUGGAAAAAAUAACAAGACAAUUCACAAUAGAAUUGGCCAAGAAGGGAUUUAUAGGUCCUGGAAUUGAUGUAGCUGCUCCUGACAUCAGUACAGGAGAAAGGGAGAUGUCCUGGAUCGCUGAUACUUACAGCAACACUGUUGGUUACAGGGAUAUCAACUCCUAUGCUUGUGUGACAGGGAAGCCCAUCAGUCAGGGAGGAAUCCAUGGACGAAUCUCAGCGACAGGCCGUGGAAUUUUACAUGGAAUUGAAAACUACAUCAACAGCACAGCAUACAUGGAUCUCAUUGGCCUCAAAACUGGAUUCUCUGGCAAAACAUUUGUAUUGCAGGGCUUUGGCAAUGUGGGUCUGCACUCCAUGCGAUAUCUGCACCGCUAUGGAGCUCGCUGCAUUUGUGUGGGGGAGUUAGAUGGUGCCAUCUAUAAUGCUGAUGGGAUUGACCCCAAGGAACUGCAAGAUUAUAAGCAGGAGCAUGGCACUAUAGUUGGCUUUCCAAAGGCUAAGAGACUUGAAGGCAGUGCCCUUGAAGUACCUUGUGAUAUCCUCAUCCCAGCUGCUAUUGAGAAACAGCUCACAAAGGCGAAUGCUCAUCAUAUCAACGCAAAGAUCAUUGCUGAAGGUGCUAAUGGCCCCACAACCCCAGGAGCCCAUGACAUUUUCCUGCAAAGAAAGAUCCUUGUCCUCCCGGAUUUGUACAUAAAUGCAGGUGGUGUGACAGUCUCCUUCUUCGAGUGGCUGAAGAACCUGAACCAUGUCAGCUAUGGGCGCCUCACUUUCAAAUAUGAGCGUGACUCUAAUUACCAUCUGCUGAUGUCAGUGCAGCAAAGUCUGGAGAGAAAGUUUGGGAAGGUCAAUGGAGAAAUCCCUAUUGUGCCCACACCAGAAUUUCAGGCCAGGGUGUCAGGUGCCUCAGAGAAGGAUAUUGUGCACUCAGGUCUAGCUUUCACCAUGGAACGUUCAGCCAGGCAAAUCAUGGAUGCAGCUACAAGAUACAACCUAGGUUUAGAUCAAAGAACUGCUGCCUACGUGUGCGCCAUUGAAAAAGUCUUUAAGGUUUACAGUGAGUCAAGUUUCACUUACUGA